UGGCCCUCGAUCGCCGGAUCUCUCAUCGAAUCUCUCGCAUCUCCAAGGUCUCCUCCGACCCCCUCUCACAUCACGACAUUCUUUGGCGAAUCCUUCCAGCUGCUCGCUCCAAGCUCCCAGCUCUCUGAGACUCUGACUGACCACCGCGGACGUGGUGGUCUCUAGCUAGCAUGCUGUCUUCACACCACGAGGCCGCCAUGCUGCCGUACGCGCCGGGGCCGCCGCCAUCGCUGCUGCUAGACCGGCGGUCGUACAAGCAGGGCGGCGAGGCGGCGCCCAGCUGCCCGCGCUGCGACUCGCCCAACACCAAGUUCUGCUACUACAACAACUACAGCCUCAGCCAGCCGCGCUACUUCUGCAAGGGCUGCCGCCGCUACUGGACCAAGGGCGGCUCCCUGCGUAACGUGCCCGUCGGCGGCGGGUGCCGCAAGAACCGCCGGGGCAAGUCGUCCUUGCGGUCGGCGGCGGACUCCAUCGCGAGCGGCGGCGGCGGCCGCGACGCGGCGUUCGGCCACCGGUUCCCGGGCCCUGUCCGCCCCGACCUGGUCCUGGAAGGCAUGGUGGGCAAUCACCCGUCCAACCCAGCUGGCCAGGCGGCGAUGCCCGGCGGCGUGCCCGCUGCGGCUGAUGGCUCCACCAUUGAUCUCGCAAUGCUGUACGCCAAGUUCCUCAACCACCCGCCGGCGGAGGAAGGCGUCGGGGCCGUGACGCCGCCGGAGUCGGCAGGGCAGGUCGACGAGGCGUUCGGCGCGUCCAGUGACCUGAUGAGCCCUGGUGCUCUGGCGCCGGUGCAGUUCGAUCCGUGCCAGGACGGGUUCGGUGAGUGGUCUGGCGUGCCAGUCAGCAGCGCUGGCCCCUCGAGUACGGCUAGUACUACCGCCGCAACCACCAUGCUGUGCACUGACGUGAGCGUGCAAGCUGCAUUCGGCGAGCUCAACUUCGCCAUGGACCAGAACUGCUUCGACUCGCUAGGGUUACCCACGGACGACGUCGGCAACCUCUCGUCGUCGUGGUGUUCGAUCGUGCCAGGCUUGUCGACGUUAGAGGACGCCAAGUAUGACUUGGAUUCGUUCCCAGAUGACGCCCUCAGCCUUCACGACGAGGGCAUGAUUAGCGGGACUGAUCAUGAUUGGAGCGUGGAUUGCCAAGGAUUGGAGACUCUCUACAUGCCGUAACUAUACACACGACCAAAAUUCUUCUUCUUCUCUUCUUGCUAAUUUGUUCUUGUUCUUGUGAUGAUUGGUUUCCUACAUAUUUUUCUCUUUCUUUUCUUUCGUUAAAUUCGGUUUGGAAGAAAUAUAUAUAGAGAUAUAUAUAUAUCUAUGUAUCUAUGUUUUGAAGAGAGGUACGUGAGGGACAAGUCGCGCGCUCAUGUAAUUGAAUUAAUGAUUCGGUAUACUUGUGAGAUAGAUCGAUGCAAUACAAUAAUGUUGAAGCUUGGAAA